AUGCGUCAUUAUUCCUCACUACCAGCGACAAAACUUCGACAAAGUACCAGAUUAGCGCGUGUCAAUUUACCAAAAGAAAAUAUUAAUGUGACAAAAUUAGACAAUGGUCUUGUUGUUACAUCAUUAGAAAAUCAUUCUCCUGUUUAUCGUAUGGCAGCUGUUGUUAAAGCGGGAGCACGUUAUGAACCAUACGACAGCCGAGGCGUUACAAAUUUUUUAAGAGUUUAUUCAAAUCUAAGCACAAAAUAUGUAAGCCGAUUAGGUUUGACAAAAAAUCUGGAGAGAUUGGGUGCCAGUUUUAAUGUACAUGGUGCUCAAUUUCUUGUUCCAGUUGUUUCUUGUCCACUAUUUAAACCGUAUGAAAUCCAUGAUGAGAAAGCACGAAUUCAAGUUGAUCGAGAUCUAUAUUUACAAACACCUGAACUUCAAUUGAAUGAUAUUCUUCAUGAAGCAGCAUUCAAAGGUGGUCUCAGUCGUCCGUUAUCAGUUAGUGAUGAAAUGAUCCAUAAAUUAAACCAUAGACAGAUGUAUGCGUUUCAUUCAAAAUAUUUUACACCAGACCGUUUAUCAUUAGUUGGAGUGGGCUUAAAUCAUAAUGUACUUGUACAAUUGGCUGACAAAUUUAAAUUUACUCAAGAAGAAAUUAUGCGUACACCUGGAUUUGGAAAUGUAACUCCGAUUGAAAAUGAACCGGAACCAGUGAAAUAUAAAGGAGGAGAAAUUCGAACUAAUCAACACUCAGGCCUUGUGCAUAUUGCACUUGCAUUUGAAGGAGUCAGUUGGCCAGACAAAAAUCUGUUAGCUAGCGAAUUAAUUGGACAAGUUUUGGGUGAUGGACCACAUAUUAAAUGGUCAACAGGCUCAUCGAGAUUACAAAAAGCGGCCAAUGCUGUUGCUGAUAAUCCUUGCGUUGUAUCAUCAUUUAAUCUUCAUUACACCGAUACUGGUUUGUUAGGUAUUCACAUAAUGUGUAAUAAAAACGAUGCAGGAAAGGUUGUAAAAUCUGUGUGGAGUGAAUUUACAAAAUUAGCUAAAAGUGGUCUUAAUGAAGAAGAAUUGAAAAUAGCCAAAAAAAAAUUGCAAGUGAGCAUAAAUAUGAAAAUGGAAUCAACUGAUUUUCUAUUAGAAUCAAUGAUAUUGAAUCCAGAACAUUCUGAUGAAACAAGUAAUUUAGAUACAAUAACAAGUGAAAUUCAACAAUUAAACAUAGACCAAAUAAAUCAAUUUACAAAAAAAUUAUCUCUUAGUAAACCAACAAUGGCCGCUAUUGGAAAUUUGAAAACUCUACAGUAUUUAGAUGAUCUAAGACAAUAG